AUGGCGACACUAACCUCACAACCGCACGACAGAUUUCAGCGCCAUGUCGGCUUUGACAAUGUCCCCAGCGGUGAGACGUCCAAGAAGGCUACCUCGUCCCUCGUACUCAACGUCAGACACGAUGGGUAUCAGCCACGCCGGAGAUCGCGCACCUUCAUGGUCGGCAUUGACGAGCACUCGUACUCAGAUUAUGCCAUUCAGUGGCUUCUAGACGAGCUUGUCGACGACGGCGAUGAAAUUAUCUGCGUUCGUGUUAUUGAAAAGGACGUACGACCUAGCGAGAAGUCAUACCAUAGCGAUGCGCAACAGGUGUUAGAUGGCGUCAUGGCGAAGAAUAAGAGAGGCAGUGCUGUUGCCUUCGUCCUCGAGUACGUAGUUGGCAAGCUACAUGCUACCUUUCAGUCCCUGAUUCAACUGUACCAACCAGCCAUGCUCAUCGUGGGCACACGAGGACGGUCCCUUGGCGGAAUUCAAGGCCUCGUCAACAAUCGCAAUUCGUUUUCAAAGUACUGCCUACAAUAUUCUCCCAUACCCGUCGUCGUCGUGAGACCUACCGAGAAACGGAAUAAGAAAAAAGCUAAGCGCACAAACGACAACUCGCGGCAAACAUAUGUCAGCAUGCUGGCUGCAACCCAUGGCAAACAUGAGGCCGAUAGCGAAGCCAGCAGCAGCUACGAACUAGAGGUUCAAAUCCCGCGCGAAGAGGAGGCGCAUCAGGUGGCAAAGGUGCUGGGUCUGCCCGCCAAGUUCGACCCAACCAUCAAACCCAUCCACGAGACGGUCUUGAUGAGGUCAAAAUCUCCCGACCUCGUGGCCGGCCCCCGGACAAGUGCUGCGCGCCGCGUUUCCACUGAUCCGUCACCGCCCAGCGCUCCCAAUAGCGCUCCCAAUAGCGCUCCCAACAGCGAUGACGAGGAAGAUGACGAGGAAGGAGAGUUUGAGGUCAUGACGGGAGUGGAGGCUCUCAACCAACAGCAGAAACUGGACCAGCUUCACAAAAUGGAAGUCAGCGAGGCAGCCGCGCUCAGGCAGGGCAUUAAUGAGGAAGAGGAUGAGGAAGAGGAUGAGGCCCAGGGGCAGAACUCUGGGAGUGCAUCGUAG